AUGGAGUUCAACAAACCGGAAAGCUUAAAAUUAUGCGGUAAUAUAGCAGAGAAGAUUCUAAAAACUCAAACAACACAGGUAGCAAGAUUACUUAACUUAAUUGGCACGGAUGGGCUGAAGUUGUACAGAUCAAUGAAAAGACCUAAAGAUGAAAAAGAAACGGUCGAGACAAUCUUAAAGCACUUGGAAAAUUAUUGUAUACAUAGACGUAAUGAAACAAUGGAACAUUUUAAAUUCUUUACUAGAAAACAAUUGUGUGAUGAAAAAUUUGAUAAAUACUGUACUGAACUAAGAGUAUUGGUUAAAACGUGUAAUUUUGGAGAAAUUGAAGACAGAUUACUAAGAACACAAAUCGUAUUGGGGAUAGCAAACAAAGAGUUACAAACCAGAAUGCUGAGAGAAGAAUUAACAUUGGAUAAAGCAAUUCAAUUGUGUCAAGCAGUGGAACAAGCUGAGGUGAACAGCAAAUUAUUGGAAGAUCAAACUAAAGAAAUUUAUGUAAUGGAGCAAUACAAGAAAAGAACAUGGGAUCAAGGAAAUGAGCAGAAACAGGACAGAAGACAGAAUCAAACUCACAACAACUGGAAGAAUGAUCAAGAUAAGAUAUUUAAUUGUAAUAAAUGUGGUAAGCAACACAAAUUUAGGGAAUGUCCGGCAUAUGGGAAAGAGUAUGAAAUUGGUAUCAAAGAUAAUAAUAACAUUUGGUUAGAAAAGGUUAAAAUUAAUGAUAUAAACACUGAAGUAAAGAUUGAUACAGGGGCGCGAUUAAAUGUAAUGUCGAAUAAGUUUUAUAAAAAAUUAAAGACAGAAAUAAAAAACAGUAAUGUGGUAAUUAAAGUGUUUGGUGGUGCAAUAAUUAAGUCAUUAGGUAAAGUACAGGUAACUGUUGUAAAUCAGUCAGCACAAAUUAUUGCAAUAUUUGAAGUGGUGGAAUAUGAUGGAAACCCAAUUUUAGGGUAUAUGGAUUGUAAACGAUUGAACUACAUAAGUGAAUUAAAUGAGAUAAAAAAAGAAGUUAGUACAGAAAAGUUUAUAAAAAACCACUUAGAUGUAUUCACAGGCAUUGGCUGCUUUCCAGACAAAGUGAAGAUAAAGAAAAUAAUUGAGAAAAGUAAAGAGCCAAGUGAAUGGCAAAACAAUUUAGUAGUAAUUGAGAAACCGGAUAAAUCACUUAGAAUGUGUUUAGACCCUAGGGACUUGAAUAAGAAUAUUGUGAGAGAAAUGGUUGAAAUUCCAACCUUAGACGAAGUAAGAAAUAAAUUAAUGAAUAAAAAAUUGUAUACGUUAGUGGACUUAAAAGAUGGGUUUUAUCAAUGUGAGUUGGAAGAAGGUUCAAAAAGAUAUUGUGCAUUUAGUACACCAUAUGGUACAUACAAUUUUAAUAGACUACCGUUCGGAAUAGCGUGUGCACCUGAAUUGUUCCAGCAAUUGACAAACAAAUACUUUGGAGAUAUUCAAAAUGUGUGUAUAUACAUUGAUGACAUUUUAGUUUAUGGUAAAACAAAGGAAGAACACGACGAGGCUCUUAAAAAAGUAAUGGAUAGGGCCAGGUUAUUAAAUAUAAAAUUUAACCCAGACAAAAUACAAUACCAAAAAAAUGAAAUAAAAUAUUUAGGUUUGAAAUUUAGUGAAAAAGGAGUAGAACCAGAUGAGGAUAGAAUAAAGGCCAUAUUAGAGUUGAAAAGUCCUACUAAUUUGAAAGAACUGCAAUCAGUAUUGGGAAUGGUGAACUACUUAAGGGCAUCUAUACCAAAUAUGGCAGAUAUAGUAGAGCCAAUGAGAGCGCUAUUAAAAAAGAUAGUAGGUGCCAAUUAUGAUGCUAAAGAUGAGUUCAGAAUUCAAUGUGAUGCAUCACAAAAGGCCAUUGGAUGUUGCCUAUUUCAGAAAGAUAAACCGGUGUAUUAUGCAUCUAAAUGUUUAAGUAUAACUGAACAGGUGUAUGCUCAAAUUGAAAAAGAAAUGUUAGCAAUUAAGUUUUCAUGUAUAAAAUUUCAUAGGCUUAUUUAUGGACAGGAAGUAGAGUAUUGUCCAGGGAAAUAUUUAUAUGUGGCUGAUUUGCUUAGCAGAAAUUAUAAGCAAAAAAUUGAGAAAACGGAUGAUACCCUUAAAGAUAUUGUACAUACUAUGGAGGUUGUUAACGUAAAAUUUGAAAAUAAUAAAGAGGGUGAAUUUAAAAAAGCUAUAUUAGAAGAUAAUACAUUAAAAUUAGUAGAACAGUAUAAGCAAAACUUUGAAAAAAAGCAAACAAAUUAUUUUUGGCCUGGUAUGGCAUCAGAUAUAACAAAUGCAAUUAGCAUAUGUGAAACAUGCAUAAAAUUUAGUAUUAAAAAAAUUAAAGAACCAUUAAAACAAUGGUUAGAAGUAUUAGAAUUAAAAGACAAAACAAGUCAGUCAGUUAUUGAGCUAUUAAAAAGUGUGUUUAGUAGGUUUGGAAUUCCAAACAAGUAG